UGUGCGUCUCUUGUUAGCCGCUUCAGCUCUCAUUAAAUGUAACGUUGGAAAGCAAAACUUAUGCAAUGUGCAUGUAUUGAAUACCGUUAAAAGCGCGAUACUUAUUGCCAAGCUCUUGUGGACACGGAUCAACUCAAACGACUCGUUUUCUAUUUAUUCAGACCAAGUGUCAUGUCACCUUUUUUUUAAACAUAACUGGAUGGACGGUACCAUUAAUACAUUAAGUACUUUAUUAAUGACGCCGUCGACAAUUAUGUUAGUAAUCUGUGCAGUUCACAGCGACCAUCAGGUGAAUAUUGGCGGACGAAAACACAUAGAAAUAAAUAAUAUAUAAUACUGGUAAGUAUUAAGUAAUAAUCAGUGCAGGUGGAAAAAAAGAUUCCCAUUGGUGGCGCAGUAGUGGUUUUUGAAUGGAGCUUAAUUUACUUUCCAAUGUUAUUAUUUUAUUGAUUGAUUGUAUAUUUAGCAUAAGACAUCACAAAAUCAUGGACACAUGUCCAUCAAACUUUCCAAGUCCAAGAUGGCAUAUUUCUUUUGCAAAUACUCACUUUGCAGAAGCUGGAUUUUACGAAAGGGUGUUAUUUUGAUCAAAACAAUGAUGAUAUGCAAUUUUCUUUUGAUUUAUUCGUGAACAUAUUGAUUUCACUAUCAUUCCACAAUAAUUUUAAAUAUAGUUUUUAAAAAUCAGAUAAUGGCCAAAUAUAUGUAUUUGAUUUCCCAAGAGGCAUGCAGCUUGCCAUAAAACACAAGUUGGAAGCAAUAAUGUCCGCAAGUAAUGUCAAGCCCAACUUCAGCGACGCUCAGGUGGUUGAGAUAGUGAAGAGACUCUUUAGGCUGACACCAUCAGAAAUCCGCUCUCUGCCGAGCUACGAUGACCAGAACUUCUACGUGGCGCCCAACGAGGGUGGCGAGUACAUCCUGAAGAUAAUGAACUCAAAGGACAGUAAGAACAGCUCCCUGAUAGAGAUGCAGACGUAUGCCAUGACUUUCCUGCACCAGAAUGGACUUCCUGCUCAAACAGUCAUGCCCACCACUUCAGGACAGCUCAUGAGCCUUGAAGAAAUAGAUUGUCAGAAGUACCUGGUCAGGCUGCUGACUUAUUUGCCUGGAACCACUAUUUCCAAUGUUCCUUUAACGCCACUGUUACUUUAUGAAAUUGGCAAUAUGGCAGCCAGAAUGGACCAAAUCCUACAAAAGAUGGAGCACCCUCAUCUUGAUGUGCUGCAGAGAGAGAAUUUCAUGUGGAGUCUGUCAAAUGUUCCCUGCCUGGAAGCAUACAUAAGUAUAUUAGAAGGAGAUCCUCUCGAAGAGGUUGUGAAGUCUGUCAUUCAGCAGUACAAGACCUCUGUGAUUGAUAAACGCUCCAAUUUCCGCAGAUGCAUUAACCACGGAGACUUCAAUGACCUCAAUGUGCUUGUACAACCUGAUGAGAGUGGCGGCCACAGGAUUUCUGGCAUCCUCGACUUUGGGGACAUGAACAAUGGCUAUUACAUCUAUGAGCUAGCCAUCGCUGUCAUGUACAUGAUGACGCAGCACCCUGAACCAAUAGAGGUGGGUGGACCUGUCCUCGCUGGCUGGGAAAGUGUCCUUCCCCUCAAUGAGGCAGAGAAAGAUUGUCUCUAUGUGCUCGUGCUGUCCCGCUUCUGCCAGUCGUUGGUUAUGGCUCGUCACGCUGUGACUUUACAUCCUGAAAAUGCAGAGUAUCUGAUGAUUUCCUCCAAGAGGGGCAUCCACAUUCUCCGUCAACUGUGGGAGCUCGGAAAGGAGCAGGUGCAGAAGGCAUGGUUUGAGAGUGCAGCUCAAUUCAGUGAGAAAUCGUGAGGGAAGAAACAUGAAAGAAAAGCUAUUCACACAUUUUCAAUGCACUCAAUCCAACAAAAAUAUUCUUCUCCAUUUUCAAGUAAAAUAAUGUCUUCAGUUAAUUUUUUUUUAAAGUACUUCAAUUUACAGAAAGUAAUUUACCUCAAUUGACCUUCAGCUAUCAAUUAAUUUAAUUCCGUUGUGAAAUUAUGUCAAUCAAAAAGUAUAUGUUAAAACAUUGAGACUACUUGUUUCAGAUCUAUACAUCAUGGUUGGACAGUGAAUGAAUGUGUUUGGAUUAUGAUCAUAGUGGGCAUUGGGUUAUUUCUCUGAUUUGCUUGGUUUGACAUCUUGUCUUUUCUUUUACUAUUAUUUUUACAUUAUCCAUUUGUGUAACCUUCUAUAGAUUGCAACCCCCCCCAAUAAAACUGGUUUGUAUUGUGUACAUUCCAACCAAAAGUCCAGUGUUGCUCAUCUCUGAGGGUGCUUCUGUAGUUUCCUGAAGGUGGGACAGCUCUUUCCUUUAGAGGCUGUCAGGGUCUUGGUUUUAAUUCAGUUUGUUUGCGGUUUUAAUUUGAAUUUCCCUGCGUCUUCUGUCCCAUGUUCUCUUCAGUUCCUGCCUUUAAAAAUAUUGUAGCAGGAAUUCUGCAGUGCAUUUCUUUUGUUUAAUAAUGUGCUUUGAAAACCUGCCAGAUCAACAGUUUUAGUACGUUCUGGAACUGUGGAUACAAUAUUGUGUAAUACAGACCUUGUGUGGUCUUCACAAGCUCCUGCUUCCAAUGGAGGCUUGACUGAAGACAACAACUCUGACCCUUUAUGUGCUUCUGUCAUGUACUAUAAUUAGUUCUGUUUUAGAACCGGUUCCCAGUGAACCGAUUGUUUGGGAUCGUCAGCCAAAUUCUUUAAUGGUUCUGCUAACGGUCCUCUGUGGCGUUGCACAUGCGCGAACUUUUUUAGUUUCUUCUUCAGACUGCAGCAAACAUGGCAACUAGGCAGAGGCGUUCUAAAGUCUGGCUCUAUUUCACACGACAAAAAGUGCUAGUGUGAGGUGAGUGUGCUGUCACCUGUGUGCGCGCAUUACGGCUGAGCGCUGCGCGCGCAGACAUCAUUUAACGGAGCGGAGCAUUGCGUGCGCUCUGAUCGCUCUUUUAAUGAAGUAUCGAUACUAAAACUAUGCUAAAUCACAUCGUUUUUAACGUACGGGUACUUUGUUAGUAUCGAUACACCGUGCAACGUGACAGCAGCAGAUGUAGCGGACUAACAUUCAAGCUAACCUAACUUCCCAAACGCUGUCGACAUCUGAACGCUGAUUGGCCGAGACGCGACACGUCCCAUCAAAGAUGUUUUAUUGCGAAGAGCACCACUAAACAUUUUCUCCGCGUCUCACUGCAAUCUCAAUGGCAGCGGGCCAGGUGAAAAAAAUAAUAAAUCGGAACGCGUCUCUGAUAUUGUUCAGGGGGCCGGGCCAAAUGUGGAGGCGUUCAUUGUGUAAACCAGCUUUCACUUUAUAAAUAAUCUCUAUUGCCAUCCAAUUUAGCUGAUGACGUUCAGAGUCAGACCGGUUCAGAGGCUGGUAGUCUGUCUGGGUCACAGGCUACAGCACGUCUUGUACACCGCCUCAUAUCUUUGUGUUCAGGCAUCCUCCACCCCAUCUGAGAGAGUGUUCUCCACGGCUGGAGACACAAUAAGUCCUGAGAGAUCGCGUAUCCUCCCGGAGAAACCUCAUUUUUGGCAGCUCAGUUCAUAUACCCGUAAAAAAAAAAGGAAGGAGCACUGUAAUUUUUAGGAACAUGUUUAAAUCAAACGGAAUACAUUUUAUUUAAGUUAUGUAAGUUUUAUUUUAAGUUCAAGAGGAAUAUGUAUAAAUGUUUUUGGUUAUUUAAAAAAAUGUAAAUGUGUAUGUAUACAUACUGUAUAUGGUGUGUGCAGCAUUAUAGAAAAUUAAUGUAAAUAAACCCGUUUGUGCUCUUUUUUUCACCCCUUGCCCAAUAAGAAUCGAUAAGAGAAUCGAUAAGGCAUCGGAAUUGUUAAAAUCUUAUCAAUUCUCAUCCCUAACUAUAAUUGCUGGUCAAAUGCAUAUGUGGGACAAUUUUUAUGAAAGAUCUAUAUGUGACGACCCCCCCAAUCUGCAGCUGGGUCCCCGAGAGGGCAUAAAAGGCGGGACCAAGGGGAGUGUCUCAGCAGGGCCUGUUGCACCAGCCUAGUCUUGUGCUGUUUUUAGUAUUUGUUUGAUGUCAUAAUAAACAUGUCUGGGUUGGAAGAUCAAUGUGUGGCCUCCCUUUUUAUUACCAGCUGUGAGCCAGGUUAAAAACUCUAGUGUGACAAUCAUUUUUAAAGUACAUCAGUACAACCAUACAUUGAUGACGAGUAUCU